AUGAAGUCCGAGUCCGCCGAAGAGCUAAGCCGUGUCCAUCACGCCGUCACGGCCACCGUCAACGCGCAAGAAAGCAUCGGAAGACCCAUCAAUUCCCAUGGGAUGGAUCUCCUCAAUCACUUGUCGCCUACGUCCUUCCACGGCUGUCUUCCUACCAGGGACCAGCAAUUCAGGGCCCCACCACGUGGCCGCACAUUCACGGCCUCACUCUGGCGGAUCCGCAAUAUCCCCAUCCAUCUUCUCCUCGGCGCCGAUGCCUUCUCCGGGAUUCUCCUCGAAGGUCUCCGCAAGGGUCGCAAGGACCAACCCAUCGCGCAGAGGACUACGUUCGGGUGGAUAUUAUCCGGAGGCUGCGGAGUCGUAACGGCCAACGGCUCCCUCAGUUCCCUCCAGUGCACCAUCGACCACGACUUGAACGCUCUAGUUCAGAGGUUCUGGGAGCAAGAGCGGGAGCAGCCUGCUUCCGUCGUGCUUACUCCGGACGAAGAGCGAUGUGAAGAGAUCUUCGCUCGCACUCAUGAGCGCCUCGCCGACGGAAGGUACAUGGUGCGUCUUCCGCUGGCUGGCCCUCUUCCACCUCUUGAUCACACGCGAAAGUCCGCCGAGCGACUUCUUACGGCAAUGGAGCAACGCCGUUCCAGAGACGCCAGCUUCAACCAGCUCUAUGGCGACUUCAUGGAAGAGUACUCGAACCUGAAACAUAUGACCUCGAUCAAAACACCGCUUGUCAAAAACGCCGUGUGCUACUUACCGCAUCACGGAGUGCUCCGGACUUCCAGCACGACCACCAAGUUGAGAGUCGUCUUCAACGGAUCCCAGUGUACGCCUGCCGGAGACUCGCUCAACAACACCUUACUGGUCGGAGCCAACCUUCUGCCAACUCUCGCCGACGUCCUUCUUCGUUGGCGUUGGCACCGCUUCGUCUUCAUCGCUGACAUCGAGAAGAUGUACCGGCAGAUCCUAGUACAUCCCGACGAUCAUGAUCUGCAGCGGAUCCUCUGGAGGCGACAACGCGCUGAUGACGUCCAGGAAUAUCGACUCAGUACGGUGACAUACGGAUUGGCCUGUGCACCUUUCCUGGCUAUCAGGACUCUCCGCCAAUUAGCCGACGAUGAGGAGCCGGCAAACCCCAAGGGGGCAGUCGCUUUGAGGCGCGAUUGUUAUGUCGACGACAUCGUCACUGACGCCAGCACCCUGUUCGAGGCAGUCGAGAAAGAGGCAGUUACGCCGACUCUGCACGGCGGGCGGGUUUCCCUUGAGGAAGUGGGCUUCAAAUCACGAGAAGAUCCUCGAGGAGAUAUCAAGGGAGCAUCAACUUCAGCAGCCACACCACACCACGACUGGGAGGACGAAGCGCACCCGACGCUACGGUGGCACCCCCGCAGCGACUCCUUUACAUUCCGCCUCCAGCCUCGCACGACCGCCCCGCUGACCAAAAGACAGGCGUUGUCGGAGACGGCUCGAAUCUUCGACCCUUUAGGCUGGUUAGCCCCAGUCACCGCUCGUGCAAAAAUCCUCAUCCAGUCAGCAUGGAUGAAGCAGUCAGAUUGGGACUCCCCACUGCCUCAAUCAGAUGAGACGUUGUGGAGACGUCUGCUUGAGGAUCUUCCGCUGUUAGAACAGUUCCGGUUGCAACGAUGGCUGAGGGCCGACAGUCAACCAAAUCACGUUGAGCUCCACGGGUUUGCUGACGCGUCAGAGCGAGGUUACGCAGCCGUCGUUUACCUCCGCGUGGUGAGCUCCUCCUCGACCACGAUCAGCCUGCUUGCUGCAAAAAGCAAAGUUGCGCCCAUUAAGCCCGUGUCUCUACCGCGCUUGGAAUUGUGCGCUGCAGUCUUGGUCACUAACCUGACUUUUCAUCUCUGCGAAGCCUUAGACUUGUUUUCAGCUCCAGUUACUCUAUGGUCGGACUCCCGGGUCACGCUUCAAUGGAUACAAGGACACGCCUCGAAAUGGAAAACCUUCGUGGCCAACCGGGUGUCCCACGUCCAGACGAAACUUCCGGAGGCACGAUGGCGACACAUCCCAGGGCGAGACAACCCCGCUGACUGCGCCUCUCGAGGAAUUGAGUCCCGGGACCUGCUCAACCAUUCCCUCUGGUGGACGGGACCCCCAUGGCUCGCCAAGGAUCCGGCGUUCUGGCCACAGCACGACCACGCCACACACGACGUCGAGGUGCCGGAGACGAGAUCAAUCGCCUCCCACUUGACCACGGAGAAAGCCGAGCCAGAGAUACUUCUCAGAUUCUCCGAUCUCCAUCGCCUCCUGAGGGUCACCGCCUGGUGUUGCCGAUGGCGAGGCAACCCACCGAAUUCGAAGGCUCACCUCAAUCUCACGCCUGUCGAGCUAGAAGCAGCCUUGCUCCUCUGGCUCCGUUUGGUGCAAGCUCUCCAUUUCUCCAAGGAGAUCACAGCCCUGAAACAGAAUAAAAAGUUAGUCAAGGGUCCAAUAUCGACAUUAACCCCCUUCCUCGACGACCAUGGGAUCAUUCGAGUCGGGGGCCGGCUGAAGCACGCUGUGCUCUCAGAAGACGAACGCCAUCCGAUCAUCUUACCUCCAGAGUCGUGGAUGACGCAACUCCUCGUCAAGGCACACCACAGACGAACGGUUCACGGCGGGGUUCAGCUCACCCUAGGACUGCUUCGCCUGCGGUACUGGAUUCCCCGAGGACGCUCCAUCGUCAAGGGAACCAUUCACCGAUGUGUCACGUGUGUGAGAUGGAAAGCCGCAGUACCACAGCCCAUGAUGAGCAGCCUUCCAACGGCACGAGUCGCACCGGCACGUCCAUUCCUGCGAUCCGGUGUUGAUUAUACCGGGCCGAUUCUCAUCCGAACCGGAAAGGGAAGAGGUCACAAGUCGCACAAGGGAUUCAUUGCCGUCUUCAUUUGCUUCGCCACCAAGACCGUCCAUCUGGAAGCCGCAUCGGACUACUCCACCGAUGCAUUCCUCGCUGCGUUUCGGCGCUUCACUUCUUGUCGGGGCCUGUGCAAGGAAGUCUACUCCGACUGCGGCACCAAUUUCGUCGGAGCGGAUCGAGAGCUUCGACUCCUGUUUCAGGCAUCAUCAUCCGACGGCCGACGCAUCGCUCACAUUGCAGCGUCCGACGGGAUCCGGUGGAGAUUCAAUCCACCGGCAGCACCUCACUUCGGCGGGCUCUGGGAAGCGGCGGUGAAGUCGACGAAACACCAUCUGCGAAGGGUCCUCGGAGACACGACCCUCAUCUUCGAGGAGAUGUCAACGUUCCUCGCUCAAGUGGAGGCGUGCCUCAACUCGCGUCCUCUUCAAGCACUUUCGGACGAUCACGACGACAUAACGGCACUCACUCCAGGACACUUCCUGAUCGGAGCUCCUCUGCUGGCAGUGCCCGAACCCUCACUGGCGGACGGCAGCUCCAGUCUUCUGUCCCGCUGGAAACUCCUCCAAAGGAUGCGCGACCACUUUUGGGAGAGGUGA